AGCAAUAACCGCCGCACCAUUAGGGCACGUACACCGCCGUAACGGGCCUACAUUUCUCUGCACUGUUCGAAUGAAAAUCAGAAAUUGAAAAAUUCAAGAACAUAACCAGCACUGUGCAUAGUGAUAGGGAAAAAUAAAUUUUGUACUCUACAUACUCUGUAUAAAUAUAAUUCUGUGGGCGACUAGUUUUGAACCUACGUCGGAGGGACAGGUUUUAGAAGAUAACGUUGAGCUAUAUCACUGAGGAAAAUGCCGUUUCAAAUUCAUCUCAGAACUCGGAAUUUCAGUUUGAUGAUACCCCUUUCACAUUCAGUACUUGAGAAGAAACAGGAUGGUUAGAGCAUAUUCCCAAGAACACACUUACAGGCACCCAUGGGAACGAGUCACAGCAGCAUCAUGGCGCAAGUUUGCUGAUGCAGAGAACAAACGCACUCUAUCUCACAUCCUUGAGGUCGACACUCUGAAUCACAAGCUUGACCCUAGUUCAGGGAAGCUGUACACUACUCGAGCUAUCACUAUCCAAGCUCCAGGAUCAUGGUUUGUUCGCAAGAUCAUUGGUCAGGAUAUAUGCCACUGUGUUGAAUCAACUGUCGUCGAUGCACAAUAUCGUUCAAUGCAACUUGCAACCCGUAAUAUCAGUCUCCAGAGAGUCAUUGAAGUGGAAGAGAAGAUCAGGUACGACCCCCAUCCGGAGAACCCAAAUGAGUGGACCAUUUGCAAGCAGGAAACGAGCAUACGGAUAAAGCCCAUGUCAACUCUGGCAUCAAUGGCAGAGAAGAUAGAGCAGAGAUGUGUGGACAGAUUCCAGCAGAAUAGUGCCAAGGGUAGAGAGGUUAUGGAGAGGAUUUGCAAGUAUCUUGAAGCUGAAUCCCACGGGAUUUAUCUCAGAUCUUGAUUUCUAGCUCCGAGUUGGACUUUUUUGUGACAGUUUUAGUCGUAGGUUAAACAACCAUGUCGCAACUUAACAAAAAUGUGUUUUAGACUUGCGGUGAUAAUAGGCAUGUGGAGAAUUUGUCCUCCAAGUCAUUUUUUUUUCUCUCCAAAUCAUAAUCUUUGCUUUCUUAUGGAAUGACUCUUGGGGGUAGCAAAUGUUCCUUGACAUUCCACGAGGAGUGUAACAAAUAAAGAUAAGUGCUUGUUUGGUAAUGCUAUUCACCAUGUGCUUAUAAGUUA